UUGAGAAUUUUUUUUUUCUGUUAUUAUUGCUUUUUUGUAUUAGUUCUGGAUUGUGUUCGAUUGAAAUUUUGAGAUGGAUUAAAAUAAUGAAAGUGAAUCUGGAUUGGAGCGAGAGCUAGAGGCCUAGGAGUCAUGUGCUUGAUGUUUUUUUUUUUUUUUUUUGAAAUUUCCGCUUUUCAUGGCGUCGUGGUGUUGCUUUAAAAUAUUCAUUUUAUUAACUUAUCGUGACGUGAUUGUUCUCCUAUUGCACGUUGUUGCUUAGUGGGAUAGAUGCACUAUGUGAAUCUUCUUUGGAAAUUUCUGUGUUAUGAUUACUCUUUAUCUAAUAUGAUGAGGUGGAUAUAUGUAUUAUACGUGUUAUUAUAUAUGUAAGUGUAUAAGAGGUUGAGUUUUGUGGAGGUAUAGUGGAGUUUGUUGCUUUUUGGUUUGGCUUGGUUUUGCUUGCGGAUCCGGAUUUGCUUGUAAAUUGAAAGUCAAGGUGGGUGUGGUUGGUUGAUGUUAACUGCCUUUUUUGUUUACCUGUGUUGAUUGAUAUUUAGUUUCGAAGAUUGAACGUUGAAUUAAGUCGUUUGAAAUGCAUUGUCUAAAAGACAAAUAGCUCCUCUUUAAGCCUAUAACUCAUUUCAGUGGAUGGUGUAAGUUACUUGUAAAUGCUUUUUGAGUCUCUGUGAUUGUCACUAAUUUGAUGAUGUCCUGUUGGUUUGCUGUGAUUCAAUAUGAUCCAGACUUUGGUGCUUGGUUUUGGUCAAUAUCGAUCUGUUUACUGGAAAUUUGAGCUUAGAUUUUAAUAAAAGGUGUUGUUGAUUUUGCACUUUGCUUCUGGAUGGAUGCAAAUUGCAAAAUCUGCAGCAGGAUUUGUGAGCAAUUUAUAAUGUUCUGAGUCUUAAGAUGGCAUGAGCUUUAUUUUUAACACUUUUAUUGGCUUAUUGUAAGGAAUUUUGAACAUAGUGCUUUGGUGAUUUUGCAAAACUUCUUUUUCCUCAAACUAUGGUAAUUUUAUUUUCUGUGUAGAGAAUUGCUUGGAUUCUGCUUCCAAUAUGAUGGGUUGACUUUUCUAGAGAUAGAUCACUGAAUUGGACCAUCAGGUCAUUUCAAGAACCAUCAGAAUCAUGAUGUCCAUAAGAUGGUUGUGAUUUAGAAUCGACCUGAUUUUUAUGCUAGCUUCUCUUGCACGUGCAAAGAGUGAUAGUGCAGUGCUGUAUGCUAGUGUGGGUUCAACUCUUACAAGAUUCCAUGCAACUAUUAGGUGUAAAUUGCAAUGUCUGCUUCCUAUCCUUAGCGCUUCAGAAAACUAUUCUGACAUAGGCUGCCUAUAUUCAUUUCAUAAUUUAGUACUCAGAAUUGCAGCUUAGUAGCUAUCACCUGAAUGACCUGAUCUAUUUCAUGCAGCUGUUUUUCUUAUUUACUGGUGCUGAUUUGACUUGAUAAUGAGAACAAGCAAGUAGCUUUUAUCUUUUAUUCAUAAAUUCUAAGUGGGAUUGAAUCCAUGUGGUUAGUUCAGUUCCAUAAGAAAAGAACCUUUCAUAUGCAAUAGCAAAAGAGUCCAUGGCUACUAAAUCUUGAUAUUCAAAGAUUUGUCUAGGAAAUGGCAAAGGGAACUAAAGGAAGACAUGGGAUCACCUCACAACAAUGCAGGUCUACUCCAUAUCCCUUGCCUUCUCAGAAGAAAUGUUCCAAACAUUCUCAGAAGAAAGACUGGGAAGAUGUAACAUGUUCAGUAUGCAUGGAAUAUCCCCACAAUGCUGUCCUCCUCCUCUGUUCCUCUCAUGACAAAGGCUGCCGUCCUUACAUGUGUGGGACCAGCUACCGCUAUUCGAAUUGCCUUGACCAGUACCGGAAAGCUUACACUAAAGACACACCAGCACAUGAAACUCAACCUCUUCAUGGUUUAUCCAUUAGUGCAGCCAUACCCCCAUUUUCUACUCAACCUACUGAGAAAUGUGAGAUUGCAAAACUUGCAUGCCCACUUUGUCGCGGUCAGGUGAAAGGUUGGACUGUGGUUGAAACUGCGCGUGAAUUUCUGAAUGCUAAGAAACGUAGCUGUAUGCAGGAUGGCUGCUCCUUUGUUGGAAACUAUAGGGAAACACGCAAACAUGUUAGGGCAGUGCACCCUGCUGCUAGGCCACGCGAAGUAGACCCUCUUCUUGAACAGAAGUGGAGACGGCUUGAGGGGGAGCGAGAGAGGGAUGAUGUGAUCAGCACAAUAACGUCAUCAAUGCCAGGGGCAAUGGUUUUUGGUGAUUAUGUCAUAGAAGGAGGACACUAUGGGUUUUAUUCCGAAGAUGAGGAUGGAUUCGAGGCAGAUGUUAUGGAACAUCAUAGCAGCGAAGGUUUUAGAGUGGGAGUUGAUGGCAAUUUGAUGAAUGUCUUACUUCUUCUGCAGGCAUUUGGUUCUGCUGGUAAUCAUGGCUCCGACAGGGACAUAAGGCAGCAGUACAACAGUGACCCAAACAACGUUUUGGAUGAAGGCGCUGUUGGAAUUGAUCACAACCUUCCGGUGGUCAGUUACGAUUGCUCUAGUGAAGAUAGUGAUCAUAUUGCUGAUGGCCAUGACAAUGGUACAUCACUAGUUGGGCGUGCCCGCCAUCAAGGUUUGGGGGAUACUGGUAGGAGACGUAGGCGUAGACAAGCAAAUGGAGGUCAACGAUAGGGGUAUUGCUAUUGACGGAGGUUCAAAAUUGGAAAUGGACAGAUGGAAAUGUUUAGGGUGUUAAUUUAGUUUAAGGGAUGCAUAGGUAUUCUAACAUGAUAAUCUGCUAGGCACUGAUGUUCGAUACUUAUGGUGGGCCAAGAUCAAGGGUGUCGGGGGACCUUCAAGAAAGUUGAUUCUUUUGUAAUUGUUGUUUGUAUCUUCCUAAUUCUCUGUGACUGACCGGUGGCAUUCACACUCAAUGUGAUUUAUCUUGUAUAUUCACACUCAAUUCUCUUUUUCUUUAAUCCAUUCCUGUAAUUGUUGGGCAUAUAUAGGUGUGUUGCAGACAUUUGAGCUUCAAUAUGUUGCCUUAAAUUGUUGUUUUAAAGGCAUUGAAUGCUUGAUUAAGAUGUUAUGAAAA